GUAAAAGGGCACAAAAUGUCCCGGAAGUACCUCGAAUAUUCCGAGGCGACGUCAACUUGACGUUAGCAUUAGCCGCGGGCGAACGAGCCGGUGCAAUGAUGUUGUGUGUUUGGUCGUCGAAGGGCCUCCGGGGCGUCUGUUCAGCAGCUUUGGCGUCGCUGCUGCUCGGGAGGAAAAGAGACAUAAGUUGGGCCGGCGGGAGGCGGCUGUCACAAACUGCAACGGGUGUUGACCACCGACGGCCACUGGACGGCGUCAGAGUGUUGGACCUGACCCGCGUCCUGGCCGGCCCAUUCGCCACCAUGCUGCUGGGAGACCUUGGAGCCGAGGUCAUCAAAGUGGAGAAACCAGAUGCGGGUGACGAUACGCGAGCGUGGGGUCCUCCCUUUGUGGGUUCGGAGAGUGUCUACUUCCUCAGCGUCAACCGUAACAAAAAAAGCAUCGCCGUCGACCUCAAACAUCCCAGAGGAGUGCAUGUCGUCCACCAGCUGUCAGGCAUGUGUGACGUACUGAUGGAGAACUUUGUGCCGGGCAAACUGUCUGCUUUGGGUCUGGGAUACGAGCAGCUCAGCGGACCGAACCCGGCCCUCAUCUACUGCUCCAUUUCAGGUUACGGGCAAACGGGUCCUCACCAUCAAAGGCCGGGCUACGACUCCAUCGCCUCAGCCCUGUCCGGGAUGAUGCACAUCACAGGGUCAGAGGAGGGCGAUCCGGUCCGGCCCGGCAUAGCCAUGACUGACCUGGCGACCGGUUUGUACGCGCACGGCGCUGUCCUGGCUGCCUUGCUGCAGCGCCAACGCACAGGGAGGGGCGCCCACAUUGACUGUGACCUGCUAUCCUCUCAGGUGUCGUGCCUCAGCCAUGUUGCCGCCAACUUCUUGAACGGCGGGAAGGAGGCCAGGCGCUGGGGGACGGCCCACGAAAGCAUCGUCCCCUACCAGGCCUUCAAAACCAAAGAUGGUCACGUGGUGAUAGCGGCGGGAAACGACCAGCAGUUUGUCAACUUCUGUCACGUUCUGCGGCUCCCGGAACUCAGCCAGGAGCCUCGAUACUCCACCAACAAGCUACGAGUCCAAAACCGUCAAGCGCUGGUGCGCACGCUGGCGCAGAGGUUUCUGCAAGAGACCACAACACAUUGGCUGGGACGCUUCGAAGGCUCGGGCGUUCCCAUUGGACCAAUCAACAGCAUCCGGGAGGUCUUCUCUGACCCGCAGGUGAAACACAACGGGCUCAUGCAGGAGAUGGAACAUCCCACUGCAGGAUGCAUCACUGUGCCUGGUCCGGCGGUUCGCUACAGCGGCUUCUCCCAUGGCGAUCCCACGCCCCCGCCUGUGAUUGGUCAGCACACGGUGCAGGUGCUUCGCGACGCCUUGGCCUACACUGAUGACGUCAUCAGCGAGCUGCUGGCGUCGGGAGCCGUGGCACAGAACUCGGUUUGCUGACGGCUUGUUAGGCAGGCCCAGAAAAAUUGCACAACUCCAGAUUCAUUUAAGCGGCAGAAAGUAAUCAACCACAAAAACUCCAAAUUUGAUCCUUUUUCUGCCAAUGUUUGAAAACAGCAACCUGCACUUUUAAGUCUUGAAAGAUUAUUUUAUUCCAGCCUUGUGAAUGACAUCAUUAAAAAUAAAUUGAGAGAUUGAAA